AUAACUCUCAGCAGAUAUUUCCUAAAAGAAAUCACACAGGAGUCUCUGAGCAGCAUUUGAAGGGGAAGGAAUUGUGUGGUUGGGUAGUGGGAACAGCAGGAAAGGAGAAAGGAGAGUAGUAGCAGAAGAGCAGGAAGAAGACAUGGAGAUGAAGAAGAGGAUUAGCCUGGAGUUAAGGAACAGAGCCCCAGAGGAGGUCACAGAAUUGGUCGUUGAUAAUUGCCUGUGUGUCAAUGUGGAAAUUGAGGGCCAGAAUGACACUUUUAAGGAACUAGAAUUUCUGAGUGUGGCUAACGUGGCAUUAAGUUCACUGACCCAGCCUCCCAGCCUAAAUAAACUUCAGAAGUUGGAACGUAGUGACAAUGCAAUUUCUGGAGGCUUGGAAGUUUUAGCAGAAAAACGUCCACAUCUUAUGUACCUCAAUCUGAGUGGAAACAAAAUCAAAGAUCUGAGUACAGUAGAAGCUCUGCAAAAUCUUAGAAAAUGGAAAAGUCUGGAUUUCUUUCAUGGUGAGAUCACAAACCUGGAAGAUUACCAAGAAAGUAUUUUUGAACUGCUUCAGCAAAUCAUGUAUUUAGAUGGAUAUGAUCAGGAAGAUAAUGAAGCCCCUGACUCAGAAGAGGAGGAGGAUGAAGAUGAUGAAGAUGAAGCUGGUCUUCCUGAAGGGCAGAAAGAGGAAGAGGAGGAAGAUGGGGAUGAAGAUGAGGAGGAAGAUGAAGCAGGCUCAGAACUGGGAGAGGAGGAAGUGGGCCUCUCAUACUUAAUGAAAGAAGAAACUCAGGAUGAGGAAGAUGAUGAUGACUAUGUUGAAGAAGGAGAAGAGGAGGAGGAAGAGGAAGAUGAUGCCUGGCUCACUCCAAGGCCAUGUUCCCUAGAAUUCCCAGGUGUGCAGUAG